AUGGUACCCGGUAACACUGCCAUGAAUGUUGGUGAUGUCCAUGUUAAUGGAUCCGACAAUACCAAUCAUGCUAAUGGCCCCUCUAAUAAUGAUGAGGUUAAAGCUGUUGUUGAGGAUAAUUAUGUUAAAGUCUCUUUGGAUGAGGGGAAUAAUGUCAAUACAAACAAAACUUCAACUAAAGAUGAGAGAAAAGUACUUGAAAGAGGAGUUACUGGAGUUGUAAGAUGGUUUAACGUUAAAAUGGGAUAUGGUUUUAUUAAAAGAAAUGACACAGAAGAAGAUGUUUAUGUCUAUUAUAAAUCUAUUGGUAAAAAAAAUCCUGGUAAACGUCUUAAGUCACUUGCUACUGAUGAGGAGGUUGUUUUUGAUGUUGUUGAGGGUAGAAAAGGAAAUGAAGCUGGAAAUGUAACUGGACCAAAUGGAGAACCAGUUAAAGGAUCUCACAUUGAUUCAAGAUACAAAAAGAACUUUAAAAGACUUUCUUAUCAUCGUAAAAAGUUUAACAUGGAAAAUAAAGAAAGAGAUCCUAAUCAAAAGGUUAUUGCAAAAGAUGUACAAGGAAAGAUUCUUUUCUUCAACUUCUUUAAAGGAUAUGGAUUCAUUAAACGAGAUGACAACAAUGAGAAUGUAUUUUGUCACAUUGUUGAUAUUGUUAAGAAAAAUCCUAAGAAAUUUAGUUACCUUCCUCCUGGAACCUCUGUCCGUUUUGACAUUGUUGAAGGAUUAAAAGGUAUUGAAGCUGGAUACGUUACAAAUGAAGAGGGUAAUCCUAUUUCUGGAGUUAGAAAAAGAAAUCGUAAGCCAAGAAAAGCCGUUGGUUCAUCUACCGAUUCUCAAAAUAAAAAUGAAGGAGAGUUAGUUUCUAAGAAGGAAAACAAACAAUCGAAAAAGAAUAAGGGAAAUCGUAGCAACAAGAAAAAUGUUGGAAAUCAGGUGGAUGAAAUUCAAAAUCCAUCAGACAAAGAGAAUGUGCCUUCAGAUGGUCCUGAAAAUAGUAACGUUGUUUCUAAUAACAAUGUUUCUACAGAGAAUAAAUCAUUUCAAUCGCGUGGUGAUGUAUCCAUGGUAUCUGAGGCCUUCUCAGAUCUUAAUAUUAAAUAA